CCUAAGGCUGGUGCUUGCCCACAUUGCUGAGAAUGGCACGAAGGCCCAGCCAACAAAGGUGAACCCAGGACACUCCUGGACAGUGAUCCUGAUGUCUGUUCUGAGCCGAACACUCAAGGGUGUGAUAACCGGCCCCAGCCUGCACCAUGGCUUCUGCCGAGCCCCUGACGGCGCUUUCCCGCUGGUACCUGUACGCCAUCCACGGCUACUUCUGCGAGGUGAUGUUCACAGCGGCCUGGGAGUUCGUGGUGAACUUGAACUGGAAGUUCCCGGGGGUCACGAGCGUGUGGGCCCUCUUCAUCUACGGCACGUCCAUCCUCAUCGUGGAGCGCAUGUACCUGCGCCUGCGCGGCCGCUGCCCGCUCCUGCUGCGCUGCCUCAUCUACACGCUCUGGACCUACCUGUGGGAGUUCACCACCGGCUUCAUCCUGCGCCAGUUCAACGCCUGCCCCUGGGACUACUCCCAGUUCGACUUUGACUUCAUGGGGCUCAUCACCCUGGAGUACGCCGUGCCCUGGUUCUGCGGGGCCCUCAUCAUGGAGCAGUUCAUCAUCCGCAACACCCUCCGUCUCCGCUUCGACAAGGACGCAGAGCCCGGGGAGCCCAGCGGCGCCCUGGCCCUGGCCAACGGUCACGUCAAGACUGACUGAGGAGGGGGCAGGGGACCCAUGGACAAAGAGACCACGCUGGUGGGGCUGCCCCUUCCGCACAGCACAAGCCCGGCCUCAGCCCCUUGGGGCCCCGUUACUUACAGGCACCCCCUCAGGGUGGGCGAGUGUGGGGGGUUGUGACCAGGUAUUGGGGGCUGAGGAGUGUCAAGGCAGCAGAAGGACAUUGGGAAGGGUCCGUGGAUCUCAGCCCAGCUCGAAGGCUGGUGGCAGGCGGCCUGUGUUUGACUGGACUACACGGUUGACUUUGGAAGCAGCAGGCCCUGUCCCGGCUAAGGGAUGUUGAGGACCGGGCCAUAGGUGGGAGGCCAGGCCUGA